AGUCCAUUUUUAUUGGCUAAUAUCAUCCUUGUUAGUUACCGUGUGCAAUCACGUGCGAACCCCGUAUUAAAUGUGGCGGGUUUCUCGACAUUAAAUUAUCGACUUUUUACAAAUAUGUUAUAAUAGUAUUUUAAAAUAUCUUAAAGACAGAUUAUCAAAACUUUUACAAAUUGUCAAUAAAAAAAAACCAAUCAAUAUAAAAUUCAAUAUUUUUCAAUUUAUUUAAAUCCAAUAUGAAUUUCUCUAAUAAUUUUCUACUUAAUAACUCUAUUGAAGACAUAGAACAGAGUAUGGAAAAUUUCAAUAUUAAUACUAAAAGAAAUCUUUUUCAUUAUUAUGACGUUACAACUUCACAAACAUGGGAUAAUGAAAACCCUCCUGAACAAUGUUCCAAUAUUUGUACAGAAUCAUAUGUUGCUUCUACCGAAAUGGAUUUACCAAAGACACCAAUGAUAAAAAAACCAUUAUUGAUACCUACAGCACCUAUAAAGAAAAUAAAGCAAUGGAAUAGGAACGGAUUAAAGCCAAAAAAGUUAACGUAUGAAAAUGAGAUCGAUGAUAGGGAUAGCGGUGUUGUUUUGGAAAACAAAAGUUAUCAGAAUAGUACUGGAUAUUCUGAGAUAUCUAGUACUAUAAAAUAUAAUAUAUUUCAACAAGAGAAUAAAAGAACAGGGAAAGUACCAAAUACAAAGGGAUUAAUAGAAAAUUCCAAUAUAUUAUUACAAACUAGAGUCACCAGAUCUAUGACAACAAAAUUACAAUUGUACGAUAAAAAUAAUGAAAAUAAUAUACAAGAAAUACGGGGAAUAGUAGAAACACCUAGAAAUAUAAGAAAUAGUACAACAAAAGCUAUAUGUAAUAAAAAAUCAAUUAAUUGUAAUAAAAAGAAAGCAAACUUUAGUGAGAGAAAAGAAUAUAAAAUAAAUGAUUUGGGUAACAAAGAGAAUGAUCAUAGUAUGCAGAUAUUGUCUCAAUACGAUGGCAACGGAACAUGGAAGGAUAAAUUACAAUGGUUACAACCACGUCGAGACAUAGGUUUGUGGAUAGAAUGUUGUAGAAAAAAUUGUAAAAAAUGGAGAUAUACCACAGAUUAUCAUGAUCCAACAGAUGUACCUGUUAUAUGGUUCUGCGAAAUGAAUUCUGAUGUAAAACUAGCGUCAUGUACUAUUCCAGAAGAACCUAAAUCCAAAGAAAUAGAAAGAGAUUUAAUAGAAAAUAAAUAUAACGCUGGAAGUAUAGUAUGGGCAAAAAAAAAUACUUACUUAUGGUGGCCUGCGAUAGUGGAUGAUUGUCCUAUUAAAUUUAGAUAUUAUGAAUUAAAAAAAAACUCUAUAAUUCCUGUUAAAUAUCACGUAGUAUUUUUUGAUCUGAAUGAAUUGACACAUUCGUGGGUUAAAUGUAAAAGUAUUAAACCCUUUUCUAUCGACAAGAAUAAUGUAUUUCUUAAAAAGGGGAUCUAUAGGUAUAUCUUUAUUAAUGAACUUAAUACAGAAUUAAUGUAA